UUACAUUUAGUAAAUAAGUACCUACAUUUAUUUAUUUAUUAAAUGUUUAUCAUAAACUGAAAUUGAAAAUAUUUGAGGAACAAAAACAAAAGAUGCCUCUUAUAAUCAUAUGUGGCCUUCCAAGUAGCGGAAAAUCAACUCGAGCAAAAGAGCUAAAGGAAUACUUUGAAGGAAUUAACAAAAAGGUUCACAUUGUUUCGGAAAAUUAUAUUGUUCCAAAGACAUGCCAUCAAAAGAAUGAUUAUUUCGCGUGCUCACAAAAGGAAAAAAUGGGUCGUGCGGAUCUGAAAUCUGAAGCGCUGCGACUUUUAACACCCACAAAUAUCGUUAUUCUUGAUGCCGGAAAUUACAUUAAAGGAUAUCGGUAUGAGUUGUAUUGUGCGAGCAAGGAAACACGAAAUAACAAAUGUACCUUAUUCUGCGGAAUCACAAAGGAACAGGCAUGGCAAUUCAAUGAAAAGAGAAAAGUAACUACACAAGAUUUGACUGUUGACGUUGAAAAACUUGAUAACUCACAUGUAGCGUACACGAGAGAGAUUUUCGAUUUAGUUUGUCAACGUUUCGAAGAACCCCAAUCAAAUAAUAGAUGGGAUUCUCCUCUUUUUGUUUGUUUUCCGGAAGAUAAGUUGGAUUUUCAUGGAAUCAAUGAAGCAGUGUUCGAAAAUAAGCCCCCAAAACCGAAUCAAUCAACUCAAAGUGCGCCUCUCAGUGCGACGAAUUAUAUGUUUGAACUGGAUCAGAUGACACAGAAUAUCGUCUCCCAAAUAACUUCUGCACGAAAAGUUGGAUGUUGCGGUCCGAUUUCGAUAAAUGGAAAUCUGAAAGUUGAAAUUCGUUCAGAUAUAACAGUGAGUGAGCUGAAUCGUUGUCGAAGACAAUAUUUGAACUUCAUAAAACAACAAAGCGGAACAGUAAUGGCUCAAUUAGAUCAGGCUCCUUGUCUAUUUGUGCAAUUUCUGAAUACGAAUUGUAGUUAAUUUUUAAAAAAAUGUGUUACCUUGUUA